GCCACAGGACAACACGUCAGGUUGCUAAAUUAGCGCCACUGUUAGCUUUACUUAGCCAACCAAAUGAUGUGGCUGCGCGAAAAAUGGACUGUCAAUGGCUCCAACACUGACAAGGAAAUGGCCAUCAACCAAUGAGUCUACUAUGUCAGAGCGCCCAAGAAGAAAGUCAGACUUAAACACAGGAAACACGGUCCAGCCAUGGCAGCAGGAGUCAGCCUUGUAAGUGACCUGCGACUCCUCUCCACUGGAGUCCACAUUGGAGCCAACAGCUCAGACAUGGAGAUGGCCACUGCAAGGGUCCCUACAGCGAAGUACACCAAGAUGGGGGAGACCCUGAGGCAUGUGAUCCCGGGCCACAUGCAGUGCUCCAUGGCCUGUGGAGGGAGAGCCUGUAAAUAUGAGAACCCCUCUCGCUGGAGCAAUGAGGAGCAGGCCAUCAAAGGGCUUUACUCGUCGUGGAUCACUGACAACUUGCUAGCUAUGGCAAGGCCAUCCACUGAGAUCAUAGAGAAAUACAAUAUUAUUGAACAGUUUCGGAGAUGUGGCUUAAAGACGGUCAUUAACCUUCAGCGGCCUGGAGAGCAUGCCAGCUGUGGAAACCCUUUGGAGCAGGAGAGCGGCUUCACAUACAGACCUGAGAUCUUCAUGGAAGCAGACAUCUAUUACUACAACUUUGGCUGGAAAGAUUAUGGAGUGGCAUCCCUCACUACUAUCCUGGACAUGGUCAAAGUCAUGUCAUUUGCUGUGCAAGAGGGAAAAAUGGCUAUCCACUGUCAUGCUGGCCUUGGCAGAACAGGUGUACUGGUGGCCUGUUACCUGGUCUUUACCUCCCGGAUGAGUGCUGACCAGGCCAUCCUGUUUGUACGCGCUAAGAGACCCAACUCUAUCCAGACUCGAGGCCAGCUGCUCUGUGUGCGCGAGUUUGCACAGUUCCUCAUCCCACUGCGCAGCAUCUUCUCCUCUGCUGAACCCAAAACCUCCUCUGUCACUCUCUCCCAGUACUUGACCCGCCAGCGCCACCUGCUGCAUGGCUAUGAGGCUCGCCAGCUCAAGCACGUGCCAAAGAUUGUCCAGCUAGUGUGCCAGCUCCUCACUGACAUCGCGAAUAACCGUCAGGCCGAGAUUGAGGAGCAGUGGCUGGAGAUUCCUGACCUCACCGCAGAGGUAGAGAAAACAGUUUCCCAACAAGCCUUGCAGCAACUUGGCAAUGAAAUGAGAGGCAAGGGCAUUCCAGUGUCACCUUGUUUAUCCCAACCACCCAGUCCAGGACUUCUCCGGCCUCUCAGUGAUCUGCCUUUGAUUAGGGACGGUGAACUGGACUGGAACAUCCCCAUAAGACUGUCUCUUUCUACAAACAAAAGCCUCAGCUAUAGUGACUCUGUCCUUCACAAACUCAACUGUGAUGAACUCUGUAUGGAAAGUGUGCACAGGAAGGUGCCAUUGACCUUCCUGGUACACCAUUCAUUGUCCCACAGCAGCCUUAUUCCAUGUAACCAGCCUACAUUCUCUGACCUCGCUUGGCAGAACUUUACCAGUAGAUUGCAAAAGCCCGAAACACAAGUACAAAAAGACACACAAUCCCCAUUUCUGAAAAAACGAUUACAGAAGGGCCAUCAGAGUUUGUCUUUGGAUUUAUCUGAGCCAUUGAGAACCUUCUACAGUAAUUAUGCCAAUGCAGCCUCCAUGGUCACAUCAGAAGGGGCUGGUUCAGAGCAGCACUCAUGUGUGGAAGUGGAGAAGAGAGAGUCAGAAGUUCCUUUGAUAAACCUUCAAGCAGAGCUCUCUCCUGACAACAGACGUCUGCUCGUGGCUAAAGCUCUGGCCAUGGACUUCAUAGACCCAGACCUGCAGUCCAAGGUUUCAGUGUGGCAGACCGAACUGAACUCCAGGGAGGGUACGUGGGAGAGGCUGUGCAUGGAGAGAGAGCCUCUGGUGCUUUCAGCUCUUAUGUGGUCGUGGCUAGAACAACUGAAGGAGCCGGUCAUCAGCAAUGAGGAUCUGAAAGCGCUUAGUGAGUCCAAUGUCAACUCACAAGAGGCACUUGACUCACUGCAAAAGGGUCACAGACAGACGCUUCUUUGCAUCCUGGAAUGUGCAGCUAAUCUUCUGCCUUUAUCUGUAGAUGUGGAAACAAAAUUUCUCACGCAAACUAUUAAAGUGUUUACACGGAUCGACCCUGAUUUAGAAGCAAACAAGGGCUUUUACUCAACGCUUAAGUCUAUUUUGACUUUAAUUCUUCAUGACGUGUGUGACAAAGCUACAAAGGACAACGGGGACCCCUGAUCCAGCCUUAACACAUCCUUUAAGAUGAAAAAGCAGGGUUCAUAAGGUGUAUUGUGGGCAUUCUAUAUUUGGUUGUAUCAAACACGGGUGAACUCUGCCAAUGUUCAUCUAUGAUUUAGAAAUUUAAAACUUACAUUUUGUUUCUUUUUAAAGCUCUUACUAGACCGCAAGCACUGCCAUUCUUGUUGAUGUGCCACUGUUGUGUUGUACUACUGUAAUGUCCAGGGACUUAGUUGUUUUUGGCUGUAAGGGCGUGAGAUGACUGAGAAGUGUUCUUCAGUGUAAUAAUUAUAAUGUAACUAUUUAAAUGUUGUGGGAAAGGGUUAUAAUUUAAACCAAAACAUAUUUAACACUGUGCAGAUCAAAUUAUGUGUCUUAUUUAUUUUAAAUGCAGAUAUUUGUUGUGAUGACAAGUUGCUUUUUUGGCAUGUUGAAAUAUUUCUUAGUUUGAAAUGCAAACUGUUGCUAUUUUAAAAGAAAUGCAAUUUAGUUAGAUAGACCACAGUGCAUUGGGAUGUCCCAAAUCAAUACCAAAAACUGUUGUGAUGUACGUGCAUUUAUAAAAAAGAAAAUCUAUCUGCCUCUUCUACUGACUGACGGCCUCUUGCUGCUGUGACUAUUACAGAUUCCCAAAUAAUUUGCUUGUAAACAGCUUGAGACAAAGAUACUGUGGAAAAAUAUUUUUUCAUUGUUCCUUAAAAUAUUAAAACAAUGACUGAC